UUGGAGCGAGCGGGCAGAGACGUGAGUGGAUCUGUCGCGGGAUGGACGCCGGAGACAGCGUCUGCAUUCCCUUUUGCCAUUGAACAAACGCUCAGCAGCAUUUCCAAAUGAGGAGCGGAAGGUAGCGUGCUAACACCGUGGUUGGAGUUUACGUGCUUUAAAUAAAAGGCUUCCUUCAAAAUGCCGUCGAGUCAGAUUCUUCAGCCAGUCCUCAAGAUGAAGGUGGACGAACUCUUCCUCACCUGGUUGAGCCAGCCCAAAACCCAGACGGUGCUCAAAGGUUACCUAGACCUCAUCAAAAGCGGACAUCACGCCGAUUUAAGCGAUGUGGGUGUCAAGGAGAAGUGCACUCUAACCUUCAACCAAAACAACAACGUGGCUUCCCAAAAGAACUUGGCCGAGAAGAAGCCUGCCGCCUUCAACGUGCCCUUGAGUCCACCUUGUUCCUCCAUCCUGCCCUCAGGAUGCAGCGGCGCCACCAGGGUGACGGGACCCCACGGCAGGAUCCUACGGAGGUCUGUCAGCUCCAAAAAGGCGCAGGUGAAGACAGAGGAACCCGUCAGCCGUGCGCUGAGCGAAAGCAUUCCAAAGUUCUACUUCCCGCAAGGUCGGCCCCAAGCCAACGUUAACAUCGACAGCCUCAUUUCCAAAAUUGAGGCGACGUUCUGCCAAUUCCCCAAUGAAAGGGCCACCAUUGAGGACAUGGCGCAGGUUGCCAAGGCCUGCGAGUGUCCCCUCUACUGGAAGGUGCCAUUGUUCUGCUCAGCCGGGGGCGACAGGACGGGCUUCGUGUCCGUGCACAAGUUCGUGGCAAUGUGGCGCAAAACGCUGCAGACCUGUCACGACGCCGCCGCCAAAUUCGUGCACCUCCUGGCCAAGCCUGGCUGUAAUUACCUGGAACAAGACGACUUUAUUCCCUUCCUGCAGGAUGUGGUCAACUCUCACGCAGGCCUGGCUUUCCUGAAGGAGGCGUCGGAUUUUCACUCCAGAUACAUCACCACGGUGAUCCAAAGGAUAUUUUAUACUGUGAACCGCUCGUGGAAUGGAAAAAUAACUUGUUACGAACUCCGGAAAAGUAACUUUCUUCAGAAUGUGGAGCUGCUGGAGCUCGAAGAAGACGUAAACCAGCUGACAGAGUUCUUCUCCUACGAGCACUUCUACGUCAUCUACUGCAAGUUCUGGGAGCUUGACACCGACCACGACCUCUACAUCGACCCCAAGGACCUGGCACAGCACAACGACCAAGCAAUCUCCCAAAAGAUGAUCGAGAGAAUAUUCUCAGGAACCGUGACAAGGGAGAGGCGCGUCCUCAAGGAAGGCCGCUUGGGUUACGCAGACUUCGUGUGGUUCCUCAUCUCCGAGGAGGACAAGAAGACGGACACCAGUAUAGAGUACUGGUUCCGCUGCAUGGACCUGGACGGCGACGGCGUGCUGAGCAUGUACGAGAUGGAGUACUUCUACGAGGAGCAGUGUCAGAAGCUGGAGAGCAUGGCUAUCGAGCCGCUGCCCUUUGAGGACUGCCUCUGCCAGAUGCUCGACCUCGUCAAGCCUCGAGUCCAAGGUAAGAUCACGCUGCGGGACUUGAAGAGGUGCAAGCUGUCGCACGUCUUCUUCGACACAUUCUUCAACCUGGAGAAGUAUCUGGACCACGAGCAGCGGGACCCGUUCUCCGUCAUCAGGGAGGUGGCGACGGAGGGACAGGAAGCGUCGGACUGGGAGCGCUACGCCGCCGAGGAGUACGACAUCCUGGUGGCCGAAGAGGCCGCCGCGAAUCACUGCGAUGACGUGUUCGAAAGGCCACAGAGUCCCUCCGACGCGGGUCUGACGAAGAGGAACUUCUUCCAGAUCCCCGCGGCGCACUGCGACCUGGAUCUGGACGACUACGAGUACGAGGACGACUUUGAAUGAGCUGCCGGCGCCCCGACGAACAAAUCUUGAGACUUCUCACAGGCAAACUGCUGCCACCCAACUGCAGCUUCUUCUUCUUGGCACUUUAUACUUUUUUGUUUUUUUAAUUCAUGUGACUCGAUGAAGAAGUCGCUAUGACAUCACAAACUUGACUCUGCCUCCGUCCCGUCCAUUGGCUCACUUUACAUUCCAGUGAUCAUACCGGAAGCUUCUAUACAACAAAAUGUCAAGUCAUCACAUGGACACUGUGUGUGUGUGUGUGUGUGUGUGUGAGAUGGGUCGUUUAAUUUAUUAGAUGAAUUUAUAAAUAUACGUGUAAAUAUUGUUUGCUGUGAUGUAAAUGAUUUGGACAAGUUUGAAAGGAAUUGUUUUUUAUGUAAUAAAGUUAAUCAAGCCUCUGUCAUUAACGACAAGCAU